AUGAAAAUCAUUGCUUUUUUGCAGAAACGUGUCAAGUUACCAUUGGUAAACCUCAAUCAACACAUAACCUGCAAAUUGUGCAAUGGAUAUCUUAUUGAUGCAGCAACCAUAACAGAAUGUCUGCACACUUGUAAGUCUACGAAUUUACAUGACUUUCCUAUUGACGUAGUAUGACGGAUAGACUAGGGAAUAUUGGCUAGAGAUAUAUAGUAGCUGUAGAUUCUGUGAACAUAAACUAGGACUUCGCAGUUUCUCAAAAGUGGCAAAGCACUCACUCACUCACUUAACCUCCUCAUCCCAGCUGGGACAAAAGGCCACAAUAAAACCUCGACACUUUUAGCCUAUCCUGAGCUUUGGCCUGCGUUUCGCUCCAUGUUACACCCAUCUCCUCCAGCUCAACCCUGAUCAUCACUGUUCUCCACCAGGUGGAUUUAAUUGACUGACACCUCUUUUCCUCCUCUCAUUUGGAGUCCAUCUCAUGGCUGCAACUUUGAAUUAUCAGUGGGCGCUAAAGUCGAGGGCAGCACUUGAAAUCCUACUUGUCCCAAACUACUGGAUAAGACUUUUUUCGCGCCCCAAAUCAUGUCAUUAUUAUCAUAAUAUUACGUCCAAAGCAAUAAUUAAAACAUUCAUCAGAGCAGUGUUGGGCAUUUAACUCUUGAAUCAAGGGGGUUGGGGCACUUUGUAGUGAAUACAUUGUAUUAAGGUACCAUCCUACCUUCAGAACCGUCUUCAUGCAGAUUGCUCUAAAGUGCUUCUAACCCUACACGCUGUACUAUUUCUGAAAGCUUAAUGGUUGUAGAUCAUACGGCUAAUUUCUUUUGAAAAACGAAAAUGCUAAUGCAUUUCAGAAAUAACGAGCUUUCUGCAAAAGCACAUGUCUCUGUAAAUUUAAGUCCCCAAAGUCUCUGCAAAAUAACAUUUUUUCAAAAAAUUAUGAAUAUUGUUAUCAUGGAUACCUUAAUUAUCCUGUGCCAAUAUUCCUCAGUACAGUCCAAUCCAGUAUUGAGAUCAAUAACAUGUUUUGAUCUAUUCUUAAAUAUUUUGUCUUACAUUUUAUUUUGUUAGUUUGUAAGAGCUGCCUUGUGAGACAUAUUGAACUUGUUAAUCGAUGUCCAACAUGCAACACUGUUAUUCAUGAGACACAACCACUUUACAAUAUCAGGUAAAAAUUAAUAUUAAUUUUAAGUAAGUUGUAUUUUCCACUGGCUGAGGUACAAAAUAAGUGGAAAAUGUUUUCUCGCACACCGCAGAGAGCUGGGCCCAAGGGGUUAUUUUGAGUCACGUGCUCAUUGUUGUUUGUCAGUUGCUUUUUUGCUGUCUUCUGUUGCUGAUGGAAAUUUCAGAGCAUGAUAGUUUUUUCGAGGCUUUAUCGCCUAUAUCAUUUGUUGUUUUUUGUACUGUACCAUGAGUGCAAAGACGAUUAGGUCAAAGUCUCAGUCCGGAGCAAUUCUUAUUUUUUAUGACUGUAGCGAAACCCUUCUCCAGUAUUAAUAUUGAUAAAUAUUCCCCCAGGUGAUCAGGGAGACAAUGAUCUUGAGACUAGUCUACAUUGUUCUUUCAACCAGAGGCUGCUCACCUCGGAGACCUGCUGUGGUUAUUAGUACGACCGGACACGAAAAUCAUCGUCUCCUGAUCACUUGUGAUUUUGCAAUGAUUGCAAAGUGUCUUGAGAGCUUUACCAGUAGCUUUAGAGGUUUUGGCAUUGUCAGGUACAGUCAAAACUGGUGUGCCUCAUCUUCCUGUUGAUGAUCUUAGCAGAACCCACCAGGUGGGAUCCCGCAAUCUCACAUUUCGGUUUUGGAAAAAAUCUAUUUACUGGGUAUUCUGGACUUUAAAUUCUCUAUUCAUAUGUUUCUCCUAUGGUUAUGGUUAUAUUAUACUAGAAAUGAUGUGAAUCACAUUCUCUUCACAGACUUGACAGAACUAUGCAAGAUAUUGUUUACAAGCUCCUUCCAAGGAUUGAAAGGGGUGAGCUAGCAUUAAGAGUAACAUGGUUAAUAUUAAUCAUUUUCAAAACUGAUUCAAGACAUUGCCUGAAAUAUCUCACAUGAAGUGAUCCUAUUAGUUUCUGUAACUGUUUCUGAUUACAUGUAGAUGAUACAAUUAAUUGAACCUUUCACUUUUACCCCAAGUUUGGUCAAUGUUAUUUGGACUGAACCCAGAAUUUAAGUAAACCCAGCUACUUAUAUAACUUUGUUGAUUAGUGCAUCCUGUUUCUUUGAUUUCAGAGGAAAGGCGCAGAGAACGCAAGUUCUAUAAAGAUAGGCAGAUACCAUAUCCAACCCCCAGAGGUAUUUCCGCUGAUUUUAAGAAAUGAUAAUAUUAUUAUCUGCCCAGCUUGCAGUUCUAUAAUAGUCCAUUUUCGAGUUCACUAUGACCGCUGAAUUAAAGAAGUGAAGAUGCAUUUUUUACAGCCUUAGCCUCAAUCUGAAGUAAUAUAUUCACAACAAGAAGAAGACCUGUAUAUUACUCUGUCCAUUGUGUAUAUUCAAGUAAUAUUAUUUCAAACACUUACUUGCCAGAAUUUCUGAAUAUUUUACUUUACGUCAAGGCUAACCCUGUAUGAAUGUGUUGUUAAUUUUUGUAUUCAGCUGUAAUUUUUAAUUUGAAAGUGGACUAUUGUCAGUGCUUAAAAUAAUUAUAAAAUCUAUAUUUUUUUCUGUCUGUUGGGUCUGGUCCUGCUCCAACUACAUGCAUUUCCAUUUAAUUGCUAUAAUGUGGGAUCAAGAAAAUGUUCUAUAAAGUGCAAUUUAAAUUUGUUGUUUUUGCUCCUUUACAUUUACAUCACUAUCUGUACAGUCAUUUUUUGUACCAUUUCUAUGGCUCUCGUGUCCAUCGCAUAUAACGCAGAAAGGAAUUAUGUAACAAACAGAAGGUGGUAUCAAGAAAUAAUACUUGUUAAUUAUUGAUAGUUCUGUUUUUUAUUGUUUGUUUGUCUUUUUUCUGUUGUAGCUUGUCAGACUUCAUCUGUACCAGGACCAUCAAAUGCCCUCAAGAAACAAACAACAUCAUUACCCAAAAAAAUAAGCAAACCAAAAGUAACAAAAAACUAUCAUAGAACAGAUGAACAAAUCUCUCUUCAACUUGAGACAUUUAGGUUAGUGAAAUAAUUGAUAAAUUAAUUUGUGAUUAAACCCUGCCUUUUAAUAGUUGUGAGAUGGAGGCUGUGUGGUAGAGUGGUUAACACCUCAAACUCUGGAUCUGGAGUUCUGGGGUUCAAGCCUCACCCGUCCCCUUGUUUCCUUAGACAAGGAACUCUACUCCACCUUGUCUCUCUUCACCCAGGUGUAUAAAUGAGUGUCAGUGGCAUACUGCUGGGGGGGUUACCCUGUGAUGGACUAGCAUCCCGUCCAGGGGGAAGCAGCUAUACUCCAAGGCAGCUUCAUGCUAAGGAAAUCUGAAUAAGCUCCUGCUGUUUGGGCCUUUGACUCGUGUGCACCUUUUACCUUACUUUUUACCUUAGUUGCGAGAUGAAGUGAUACACCUGUAUAGAUUAUUUAACUAGGCUUAAGAGAGCAUGGCACUGUCUUGAAGAUAACAUUGUUUCCAUAAAUGAAUACCUGGAAAAGAUGUAACAAAGUAAUGUACACCAAAAGCCACUGCAAGAUGUUCACUUCUUUUUUUGACCAAAUAGAAUGUUAUCAGACAGUGUAAUAGCAAGUUCGCCCAGGGGUGGUUUUUACAAUAAACUGGGGCUCCACUGUAUUAUGUACUAUAAAUCGAGUUCAAGGUAUGUACUGUGAGUUACAGACCAAGUUUUUUUGCCAUUGAUUUAUGGCCUCUGUGUGAAGUGCAUUAAGGUGACUCGACCCAGUUUUUUUGGGGGGGUACCAUCCUACUUUGAAGGUCUCUGGUAUCCCCACCUUUACGUUUAUCGUAAGUCUAACACAUAGAAUGGAUAACAUAUAGAUCAAUCUACAAUAUAACAUGAAAUUUUUGGCGAUCAGAGUAAAUGUCAUGUGGUUAUAAUACCAUGCCCCUUUGAGGUCUGAGUCGAAAAGCUGCUGUUGCCGGCAUUUUUUCGUGAAAAUCCCUCGGCUACACGUAGUGCGCAUUAGUACCUUGCGCUGAACAGAGUUUCACCAAAAUCGCAAAGACCCAAUUCGAGAAAUUCAGCGGUUUCCAAAUUUAGGUCAUAAUUUACGCGAAAAUGAUAAGCAAACUUUACACGGAUUAUAUCUAAUAAACUACGAAUUUUUAAGAAAAUGCUUUUUUCGUGAGAUUGACUCUUAAACGCUGACAAACGUCAACAAAUAGCGAAAACUAUAAUUUCUAUAUGUUUGCUUCUCGAAAUCGCGCGCAUUUACAAGGCCCUAAAUUGUUUUGCUGACUAGCAAGGACCCAUCUGUUAUAACGAUACCCAAAAUAAAGAGAUGAAUCUCAUAGUUUAUUAGAUAUAAUCCGUGUAAAGUUUGCUUAUCAUUUUCGCAUAAAUUAUGACCUAAAUUUGGAAACCGCUGAAUUUCUCGAAUUGGGUCUUUGCGAUUUUGGUGAAACUCUGUUCAGCGCAAGGCACUAAUGUGCACUAUGUGUAGCCGAGAGAUUUUCACGAAAAAAUGCCGGCAACAGCAGAUUUUCGACUCAGACAGGUCUCAAAGGGGCGUGGCAUUAUAACCACGUGACAUUUACUCCGAUCGCCAAAAAUUUUAUGUUAUAUUGUAGAUUGAUCUAUAUGUUAUCCAUUCUAUGUGUUAGACUUACGAUAAAAGUAAAGGUGGGGAUACCAGAGAGCUUCAAAGUAGGAUGGUACCCCUCCAAAAAAACUGGGUCGAGUCACCUUAACCGUCAAUCAAUGGGGAAAAUGAGGAUCUGUAACGAUAAGUAUGGACUGAGAGUAUGAGGCUAGUAAAAAAAUUGUUUUAUCUCAGAGGUUAAUUGGCAUGUGGGAAAGGGAACAUGUUAGGGCAGUAUACUGAAAUAUGGCCAGCAACAUUCACCAAUCACAGUGCAUGUACUUACUAGGAAAUAUUAUAUGCGUAAUAAACAUCUACUGAUAAAUUAACUGAAUCAGAUGUUUAACUCCAGUCCUCCUGUCUGAAUACGUCACCCAGACAUAUAUUUUUUUAAAAGGGCUUAUAUCAUGUGUGUUAAGAAGAGGCUUAAUAAGAUAUUAGGUUUCAAUUAGAUUAUUGCAUUAUACAGUAUAUCUUACAUGCCAGUUGUAAAUUUUCCAUGUAAUUAGCAGUGUUUUGUGGACCUUUUUUCUGGAAUUAUCUUGCCAGCUUAGCCAGUGCGCACUCGCAUGGCUUUGCUUGCUUGUAGGCUCGAAAAUAGCGCUAUAUAAAUCAAGUGUAAUGUAAUGUAUAAAUAAAUAAAUAGAUAUUACUAUGACUAACUAUAACUAACUUCAUUUCUAUGUGGCUGGAUGAUAAUGUUAUUGUUUACUUGUUAAAAUUGCAGAGAUGGAAGUGGUGGCCCAGCAAAAAUACAGGUAAAUGUUAACGUUGUUUCUUUUUUAGUUUUGAAAUAGGUCAAUGAGAAGCCAUUGGAGUCUCAUAAAGUCACUUGUAUGCAAUAUUGAACAAAUCAGUAUUGACGAAAGUUGAAAUAAAAGCCCAAUUGAUGCACUCUGACGUCACUCUGGCUGCACUUAUUUGCACCAUAAAUGUAUCUGUGUUGUUGUUAGUUGUCGUUUUUGAAUGGCUCGCUACUCUCAAAAAGGCAAGGAGGGGGUUCAGAACUUAAAGAAUGUUAUUAAAAGGGAAAAACGUAUGCAGCGUUUAGGGAAUGUGGGAGUGAACUUUUUAUUUAUUGGUUGAUUGACUGAUUGAUUGAUUGAUUGAUUGAUUGGUUGAUUGACUGACGGAUUGAUUGAUUGAUUGAUUGAUUGACUGAUUGGCUGACUGACUAACUGACUGACUGACUGACUGACUGACUGACUGACUGAUUGACUGACUGAUUGAUUAAUUGAUUGAUUGAUUGAUUGAUUGAUUGGUUUAUUGACUGACUGAUUGAUUGAUUGAUUGUUUGAUUGCAGCCACUUCAGAAGAAAUACAUGAGACUCUCUACUCAAGUCACCAUUGGCUUAAUACAAAGAUUUUUGGCAGCUAAACUACACUUGGAAUCUGCGAACAUGGUAAAAAGAUUGCAGUUUAGUUUGUCUCUUUUAAACCUUAAUCGCUGCUCGUAAGAUGCUUCGCGCCAAAAGUGAAACGCGCCCACCUGAAGCCGAAACACGCUUGUAUCACUUCGUUUUCACUCGUACUCUAGACCGUUUCAUUUUACCAGUGCUCGCAUUCAUGGCCAACGCAAAAUACGGCUGUUUUGCUGUCUACAUAUACAUCUGUCGCCAGAAGUGGUUACGGUGGAAAAAAUACAAACAGUCACAUUCUUGGAAACCAAGAUAAGAUAGAUAGUGAAGCAAGAGAAAAUUUCUACGAGCAGAGGGUAAGAAAUGGGUGCUGUCGAGUUUUUUUUCCCUUUUGGUACUGUUCCUCGCCUUACUAUAAAUUCGUGCCUGGCUUUAUGAGGAUGAAAAAACGCAUGAUUUCUACUCUGUGUAUGGAUCGCAACUUGCAGUCCGCCUUUGAAUCCGUCGACUUCUCUUCCGUGGGCAUCAGUACACCCUCGUUUAUCGCGGCUUCCGUUGGCAUACGCCCUCGUUUAUCGCGGCUCGCGGCUGAAGAGAUUACGCACAGUUUACUCUGUUCAGUAUUUACACGCCAACUUAAUUAGCUAGACGAGUCUUCUGAUUGGAUAGUGUGGUUAUUAGUUGUCCUUGAUCACAUUGUUCGUUGUACAACUGAUUGAAAAAACGUUGUCGCUUGAAAAAAGAUUUGCAUCUGCACGAGCAGCUCGUGAUAAUGAAGAGUUUUGUCGAAAGAACUUUGAAUUCGCUUUUCUUAUGAACGUACAGUCAACUCUCGCCAAGACGGACACCUUUGGGACCGACACUAAGUGUCCGUUUUAGAGAGAUGUCCGUCUUAUAAAGGGUCAAAUAACGGGAAUAAGCAAAGGCAGGCACCAAAUCUAGGUGUCCAUUUUACAGAGGUGUCCGUCUUACAGAGGUGUCCGUUAAGGGAGAGUCGACUGUAUACCCAUAUCGCUCAUGAUUUAUACUAUUUAAGCGACAACGUUUUUUCAAUCAGGUAUAUUAUUUCGUGUAACUCACACACUCGUUAAUGGCGUAUCCUCUGUUAGGUUGGUAUCCUGUUUGACAAAAUGGAAAUGGGGAAAGAUUUAACGCUAAAAUACAUCAGCGAAAAUCUCUGCACCCAAGAGGUAUGGUUAUUUUUCUUUUUUAACUAAAUGUUUGCUGACCAUUAGUCUCCUAUGCAGCCCUUCAUGAGGGGCUUAAAGAUCCGACGACGGUGAAAACGCCGCUUAAAAACUGAAUUUCCAUUUUUUUAAUCUUCAUCGCGAUGUUUCCAUCCCACUUACUUUCCACUGGAAUUGAAUUUUUAACAUCACUUUUGAGAAUAUAUGUUGAAUAGCGUACGAAACGUCAAGUUUAUAAAAAUGCGAAAACUCGCAAUGUUUAUCACCGCUGUUUGUAUUUAAUUUUUGAUCAAACUAAGAUGGCCGAAGAACAAGAGUCUCUAUGAUACCAUAUCCAAGUUCAGAAAGAGUAGGAAAAUUUCGUCUUCGCUUGUUUACGUCUUCCAUAUAACGUGAAGUUAGGCAUCGUUUCACGUGCAGUGACGGUAAAGAAAUUACCCAGGGUGCCCGAGGUUUUUUCAUCCUAGGACUGAGAAUAUUGCUGUUUUAAUUUAGGUCAAUUUCUUGCUGAAGUCAUUGCUUAGUGCUUUUACCAAAACACAAAAUGUACCUGUAGCAUUAUGAUGUCAAACAAAUUUCACCAGGGAGCAUCAACCAUAAUAAUUAAUUGUUUUGUGGUUAGUAUUAAACCCUUAGGCCCCAGUAUCCACGUACAAAUUCUCCAAACUCAUCUCCAUACAUUUCCUUAAAGAAUAAGUUGAGAGAAUUUGAUAAAAGGUCAAGGCAUUUUUACUUGGGUGAUCAUUUUAUUAAUUCUCAUAACUUAUCUGUUCACUGAUGUAUGGAUAUUGUUAGGAGAAAAUUCAAACCAUGUCCAUCCUUGUCAUCGCAUCCGUAGCAACAGACGAGAGAAAACAGUCUCAGUGCCUGAAUAUAGUCAUAAAUAACAAAACUGGACCUUUAUUUUUGGCAUUUAAUUGAUGCGAAGACAAGUUUUAGCUGAUUUAAACGAUAGUAAGUAGCCUGACAUAGUCCCUUUAAACCUGAUGCUUUUUUGACGUUCUCGUUGCCUUCGCCGUCGUUUCAGGACCUUGAAGUCCCCAUUAUUAGGCCACGCACUGCUGCUCCCUGCAGGAGAAAGAAGCUGCCCUGUACCAAGUCGUCUCUCUCUCGAUGAAAAUCAUUUUCGUCCCCAGAGCCUCCUGUUCUCUUAGCCGGCGAUGUCUGAGCACGAGGACGAGGAGGUCCUCAGGCUCUCGUGCUCAGGGAUCCUCAGGCCUCGCCGGCUCAGGGAAUAGGAGGCUCUGGGGACAAGAAUGGAUGAAAAUUCGCGCGCAAAGGAAGGGGGACGCAACCUCGUUCCCAGGGUUGUCUCCUACCUGUCCCCUUCUCGCUCCAAGGGACGGGUAGGACGGAACUCUGGGAACGAGGUUGGGCGGGAAGGAGAAAACGGGCGAGAUUUUGCCCCUCUUUUUUCUCAUGCUUCUUUGCGCUUUGUCACCAGUCACUCGUGUGUCUCGUGUCCUCGAAAAACGAGGCCCCUUAGGAGGGGCAGAGAAAGAAGUCUUCCGAGCCUUUUUUGCCCGCACUCACACUUUUUUUUCGUUUUCAGGAAAAUUCUUCUGGACCACUGAUUCUUCAUUACAGAGCAGUGGAUGUAAAAACCUGA